CGGUCGCGCGAGUUGCGAACUGAGGAUUACUCUCUGACCCCGCGUCGCGCGCUGUGAUACUGUGUGUGUGCCGAUAGUCGUGUUUUAAAUCGAGAGAGGUCCCCAUGAAGCGGCUGUCAUGCGCAUAGCGACACUGAUUGCACUCGUGCAGCUGUCGCUCGCUACAGCUGUUUCAGACGAGAAAACACUUACAGCAGCAGAGCUGAACUUCCAGUUAUCUGGAAACAAUGCUCUCUCCCCAUUCUACUCCAGUGAGAGUGAUGAGACCGGUGUGAACUUCGUCAGAGGUUCCCGUGCUGCGGACUCGCCCCUCUCUCCGGAUAUCGAUGUGAAAUGUUCGGCUGACUUCAUUGAAGUCACUGUUGAAUUUGCUGAUGUCUUUGAUGGUAUAAUUUACAGCAAGGGACAUUUGAAUGACGCAAAAUGCAAAUAUGUUUCGAUUGGUGGUAGUCAGUCGCGUUACUCUUUCCGAGUGCCAUUGAAUGGCUGUGGUUCCAGACCGCUGUGUAAUGCGUGUGGUACUAUUGACAAUGUUCUUGUCUUCCAAACCGAUGACUUUGUGCAGGGCCCCAGCGACUUCGCGAGAAAGGUAUCCUGCGCCAGCACAGCGCUGGAAGUAUCCACUGGGGUCAAGAAAGAGUCUUCACACGUCCUCAAACUAAAACCCUUCAUGGUUGACAUGCUCGAUGUGGUCGCGGUACCUGGACCUACUAGUGGCAUUGAGUGCUGGAUGGAUAUUCAAAGAGGAGAAUUUCCUAAAACAACUCCCUUGGAAAAAUCGAUCAAGAUUGGAGAGUAUCUUACCAUCCUUAUAUAUCUAAGAGACGUAAGAAAGAAGUUCAGCAUAAAGGUACACGACUGCUGGGCAUACGAUAAUGAAGACUACGAUAGUCCUCAAACAAGCAAAAUACAGCUCACAAACAAAGAAGGAUGCCCCAAAAAGAAGAAGUUGAUUGAUUAUUGGCAAAAAUCGACGAAUACUGGCAAGAGUGGUGCCACUGUAAUCACUUACACCAAAGUUAGUGCCUUCCGCUUUCCAGAGACUGACCAAGUAUAUUUAACAUGUAAUGUUGAGUUGUGCACAAGUGACUGCCAGUCAAACUGUGAAGGCAAUGAAAUAACAACAACAUUCAGACCAGAAUUUAAAUGUUACCCCGGUUCAAACGAUGCCAGAUGUGGAGAAACAGCACCUCCACAAAUAGUAUGUGGACCUGAUUCUGAAGACUCACGAUGCCCAAAGCCAACAACUCUAUCACCUCCUAGAUGCUUCCCUGGAAGCCUUGAUCCACGUUGCCCUUCACCAACUACUCCUGAAGCACCAAGAUGCUUCCCUGGUAGUAACGACCCUCGUUGUCCACAACCUACUACACCACAGCCACCUAGAUGUUACCCAGGCAGUUCCGAUGCACGUUGUCCUCAACCAACUACGCCACAGCCUCCAAGAUGUUUCCCAGGCAGCACAGACCCGCGUUGCCCCAAACCAACUACUCCUGAAGCACCAAGAUGUUACCCCGGUAGCUCCGAUGCACGUUGUCCAAAACCUACGACACCAGCUCCGCCAAGAUGCUUCCCAGGCAGCACAGACCCACGUUGCCCAAAACCUACUACUCCUGAAGCACCAAGAUGUUACCCCGGUAGCUCCGAUGCACGUUGUCCAACACCUACGACACCAGCUCCGCCAAGAUGCUUCCCAGGCAGCACAGACCCACGUUGCCCAAAACCUACUACUCCGGAAGCACCAAGAUGUUACCCCGGUAGCUCCGAUGCUCGUUGUCCCCAACCUACUACGCAACAGCCACCUAGAUGUUACCCAGGCAGUACAGAUCCACGUUGUCCCAAACCUACAACAGCGAAACCAAUUUGCUAUCCAGGCUCCCCAGAUCCCAGCUGUCCACAGCCUUCAAGCGUAGCAACAUUAACUCCAGCCACGUAUCUACCUCCAUCAACAACAGAAAAACUGCAAUGUCUCCCAGGCAGCAGUGACCCACGUUGUCCACAACCCACUACACCAUCUCCGCCAAGAUGUUUCCCAGGCAGCACAGACCCACGUUGUCCCAAACCCACUACUCCUGAAGCACCAAGAUGUUACCCUGGUAGCUCCGAUGCACGUUGUCCCCAACCUACUACGCAACAGCCACCUAGAUGUUACCCAGGUAGCACAGACCCACGUUGCCCCAAACCGACGACACCAGCUCCGCCAAGAUGCUUCCCGGGCAGCACAGACCCACGUUGCCCAAAACCUACUACCCCUGAAGCACCAAGAUGUUACCCCGGUAGCUCCGAUGCACGUUGUCCCCAACCUACUACGCAACAGCCACCUAGAUGUUACCCAGGUAGCACAGACCCACGUUGCCCUAAACCUACUACUCCUGAAGCACCAAGAUGUUACCCUGGUAGCUCCGAUGCACGUUGUCCCCAACCUACUACGCAACAGCCACCUAGAUGUUACCCAGGUAGCACAGACCCACGUUGCCCCAAACCGACGACCCCAGCUCCGCCAAGAUGUUUCCCAGGCAGCACAGACCCACGUUGUCCCAAACCUACUACACCUGAAGCACCAAGAUGUUACCCCGGCAGUAGUGACCCACGUUGUCCACAACCCACUACACCAUCUCCCCCAAGAUGCUUCCCAGGCAGCACAGACCCACGUUGUCCCAAACCUACCACUCCUGAAGCACCAAGAUGUUACCCUGGUAGCUCCGAUGCACGUUGUCCCCAACCUACUACGCAACAGCCACCUAGAUGUUACCCAGGUAGCACAGACCCACGUUGCCCCAAACCGACGACCCCAGCUCCGCCAAGAUGUUUCCCAGGCAGCACAGACCCACGUUGUCCCAAACCUACUACACCUGAAGCACCAAGAUGUUACCCUGGUAGCUCCGAUUCACGUUGUCCCAAACCUACGACACCAGCUCAACCAAGAUGCUUCCCGGGCAGCACAGACCCACGUUGUCCCAAACCUACUACACCCAAACCAAUUUGCUAUCCAGGCUCCCCAGAUCCCAGCUGUCCACAGCCUUCAAGCAAAGCAACCUUAACUCCAGCUACGUAUCUACCUCCAUCAACAACAGAAAAACUGCAAUGUCUCCCAGGCAGCAGUGACCCACGUUGUCCACAACCCACUACACCAUCUCCGCCAAGAUGUUUCCCAGGCAGCACAGACCCACGUUGCCCAAAACCUAAUACCCCUGAAGCACCAAGAUGUUACCCCGGUAGCUCCGAUGCACGUUGUCCCCAACCUACUACGCAACAGCCACCUAGAUGUUACCCAGGUAGCACAGACCCACGUUGCCCCAAACCAACGACACCAGCUCCGUCCAGAUGUUUUCCAGGCAGCACAGACCCACGGUGUCCAAAACCUACUACUCCUGAAGCACCAAGAUGUUACCCCGGUAGCUCCGAUCCACGUUGUCCUCAACCUACUACGCCACAGCCUCUUAGAUGUUUCCCAGGCAGCACAGACCUACGUUGUCCCAAACCUACUACUCCUGAAGCACCAAGAUGUUAUCCCGGUAGUUCCGAUCCACGUUGUCCAAAACCAACGACACCAGCUCCGCCCAGAUGUUUCCCAGGCAGCACAGAUCCACGGUGUCCAAAACCAACGACACCAGCUCCGCCCAGAUGUUUCCCAGGCAGCACAGAUCCACGGUGUCCAAAACCUACUACUCCUGAAGCACCAAGAUGUUACCCCGGUAGCUCCGAUCCACGUUGUCCUCAACCUACUACGCCACAGCCUCUUAGAUGUUUCCCAGGCAGCACAGACCUGCGUUGUCCCAAACCUACUACUCCUGAAGCACCAAGAUGUUAUCCUGGUAGUUCCGAUCCACGUUGUCCAAAACCAACGACACCAGCUCCGCCCAGAUGUUUCCCAGGCAGCACAGACCUACGUUGUCCCAAACCUACUACUCCUGAAGCACCAAGAUGUUAUCCCGAGACCCCAGCUCCGCCAAGAUGCUUCCCAGGCAGCACAGACUCACGUUGUCCCAAACCUACAACUCCUGAAGCACCAAGAUGUUACCCCGGUAGCUCCGAUGCACGUUGUCCCCAACCUACUACGCAACAGCCACCUAGAUGUUACCCAGGUAGCACAGACCCACGUUGCCCCAAACCUACGACACCAGCUCCGCCAAGAUGCUUCCUGGGCAGCACAGACCCACGUUGCCCAAAACCUACCACUCCUGAAGCACCAAGAUGUUACCCUGGUAGCUCCGAUGCACGGUGUCCCCAACCUACUACGCAACAGCCACCUAGAUGUUUCCCAGGUAGCACAGACCCACGUUGCCCUAAACCUACUACUCCUGAAGCACCAAGAUGUUACCCCGGUAGCGCUGAUCCACGUUGUCCUCAACCUACUACGCAACAGCCACCCAGAUGUUUCCCCGGAAGCACAGACCCACGGUGUCCCAAACCUACGACACCAGCUCCGGCAAGAUGCUUCCCGGGCAGCACAGACCCACGUUGUCCCAAACCUACUACUCCUGAUGCACCAAGAUGUUACCCCGGUAGUUCCGAUCCACGUUGUCCCCAACCUACUACGCCACAGCCACUCAGAUGUUUCCCAGGCAGCACAAACCCACUAUGUCCAUCAACGCCUACCCCAAAACCCACGCCAAGUUCUUGCUACCCUGGAUCAAAGGAUCCUAAAUGUCCACAACCGUUUGCCCCAAGUAGUACAAACCCACCUCAAGAUUAUCUUCCUCCAGUUGGUAAUGAAAUAAAUUCAUCUAUCAAGGGAAAACUGGCUCGCAAAAGCAUAGAAGACUAUGAUGAUCCUUUAAAUGAUGCCGGAUCCUUCGAGUUUUCGCGUACACAACCUAAAAAAAGAGUUGCGAGAGACAUAAGCAAAAAUGCCAAUAACUUAAUAGAUUCUUCUGGAGCCGGGUACAUUUACGGGACAUUUGUAGGGGUUACAGUAUUUAUUGUUUUCUCUGUAGCUCUAUCAGUUUUUAUGUAUAAACGAUCACGAGUCCAAAAACAAACAAAUGUACAAAACCUUUGUUAAUAAGUAACUUAUUUAGAAGAACUUUCAAUCGUUACAUUCUAACAUUGUAAGGAUUGAAAAUCCAGACUCAUACUCAAUUGAUUAUUGUGAUAUUUCAUUGUUCUGCUUAAUUUUACGUAUUUUUAAGAAUGGCAUAUAUGUGAUAAUUGCCGAACAAUCACUGCCUUAGUUUUAUUGAGUGACUAAUUUAUAACCAGUUUAAUUUUAUAGUGCCAUAAUAGUAACUGCCAGAUACAUAAAUUGUGCCAAACUACUGACCCAAAUUUGGCCGAAAUCAAAUUUGAGUGAUUGACAGUCUCGUGUAAAAUUUAUUUCGAGAAGUUUCGAUUCCUUCGACUUUAAGCAAAUCACCCAAAUCGAGGCAAAGUAGCAAAAAAUAUCUCUACACUUUUCAUAAGUGUUAAGUUUGGCACAUUUCGAAAAUUCCUGAUGAUGACAACCAGUUUUGUAGUCACUAGUCAAUUUAUCCUGCAAAUACUAUUUUUUUUUACUUUUUAUAUUAAAUAUAUAUGUAAACACUAUGUAAAUACACUGCCAAUGUAUGUAGCAAUACCCUUAAAAUUAUUAUCUAACAUUAUUGUCAACAAUUACUCUUAUCGGUAAAUUUUAGUGUCAUGCUAAUUUGGGCAGUUAUAAUGAAAUCGUAUAUUUAGAUUUGACAAAAUAAUAUCUUUGGAGAGUCAAACUCUAAUGUAUGCUUUCGUCUAAUUGUCUGAAUACUUUUAAAUUGUUACCGUAUUUCUAACUACUCUUCCGUCAUGUACGCAAUGAAGAGUAAUAUAUUGUUUAUAUUAUGUAACAUAUAUUAUGUAAUAAGAUCGCUUAUUGAAUGAAUACAAGUGUGUUAAACAUUCCAUGAAUGUA